AUGCUCAAGAGCGGCAUCAACCGGUCGCUGAGGGCCUCCGCCUUCCGCAGGCCUGCGCUUCGCGCCGCCUUCCAGCCCAUCAAGAAGAACUUCGCUCCGGCGCUCUCUGCUCGCUUCGCCAGCUCUGAUGCCGCCCAGGGCGGCAAGAUCCACCAGGUCAUCGGUGCCGUCGUCGACGUCAAGUUCGAGGGCGAGAAGCUCCCCGCCAUUCUCAAUGCCUUGACCACGCAGAACGGUGGCCAGAAGCUGGUCCUCGAGGUCGCGCAACAUUUGGGUGAGAACGUCGUCCGCUGCAUUGCCAUGGACGGUACGGAGGGUCUCGUCCGUGGUGCCGAGGCGCUCGACACCGGCUCGCCCAUCAUGAUCCCCGUCGGUCACGGCACCCUUGGUCGUAUCGUCAACGUUACUGGUGACCCCAUUGACGAGCGCGGUCCCGUCAAGGCCACCAAGUUCGCUCCCAUCCACGCCGACCCCCCGGAGUUCGUCGACCAGUCCACCUCUGCUGAGAUUCUCAUCACUGGUAUCAAGGUCGUCGACCUGCUCGCUCCCUACGCUCGUGGUGGAAAGAUUGGUCUCUUCGGUGGUGCCGGUGUCGGCAAGACUGUCUUCAUUCAGGAGCUGAUUAACAACAUCGCCAAGGCCCACGGUGGUUUCUCCGUCUUCACCGGUGUCGGCGAGCGUACUCGUGAGGGUAACGAUCUGUACCACGAAAUGCAGGAGACCGGUGUCAUUCAGCUUGAUGGCGAGUCCAAGGUCGCCCUGGUGUUCGGUCAGAUGAACGAGCCCCCGGGUGCCCGUGCCCGUGUCGCCCUUACCGGUCUUACCAUUGCUGAGUACUUCCGUGAUGAGGAGGGCCAGGACGUGCUUCUCUUCAUUGACAACAUUUUCCGUUUCACUCAGGCCGGUUCCGAGGUGUCUGCCCUUCUUGGUCGUAUCCCGUCUGCCGUCGGUUACCAGCCCACUCUCGCCGUCGACAUGGGUAUCAUGCAGGAGCGUAUCACCACCACCCAGAAGGGUUCCAUUACUUCCGUCCAGGCCGUCUACGUCCCUGCUGACGAUUUGACUGACCCUGCCCCCGCCACCACCUUCGCCCAUUUGGACGCCACCACUGUCUUGUCCCGUGGUAUCUCUGAGCUGGGUAUCUAUCCUGCUGUCGACCCUCUCGACUCCAAGUCGCGUAUCCUUGACCCCCGUGUCAUCGGCCAGGAGCACUACGACACCGCUUCCCGCGUCCAGCAGAUCCUCCAGGAGUACAAGUCGCUCCAGGAUAUCAUUGCCAUUCUGGGUAUGGACGAGCUGUCGGAAGCUGACAAGCUUACCGUCGAGCGUGCCCGUAAGAUUCAGCGUUUCCUGUCGCAGCCUUUCACCGUUGCCCAGGUCUUCACUGGUAUCGAGGGUAAGCUGGUCGACCUGAAGGACACCAUCAGGUCCUUCAAGGCUAUCCUCGAGGGUGCGGGUGACGACCUUCCCGAGGGUGCCUUCUACAUGGUUGGUGACCUUGAGUCUGCCCGCGCCAAGGGUGAGAAGAUUCUUGCCGACCUCGAGAAGUCGUAA